CUUCAAUAGCACUGAGAUAAAAAAUUGGCAAAAUCUAUUGCCAACUGCGAAAUUUUCAAAGGUUCAACUUGACAAUGCUGGUACCAAGAAGAUCACAAUUUGGCCUGGUGGCUGUCAAACUUCCUUGCAAUAGGACUGGCAACUGGACAAGGGACAUAGCUCGAUUGCAUUUGCAGCAUGCAGCAGCCAAACUUUCUGUGGAUUCAAAAGAAGGCCAUGACCCAGCACUAGUUCUUCUUGUUACAGACUGUCUUCCAAUACCAAACCUCUUUUCAUGCAAGCAUCUUGUUGCAAGAAAGGGGAACAUUUGGUUAUACAAGCCUAACUUGCAGGUUUUAAUGCAGAAACUCAAGUUUCCAAUAGGGUCAUGUGAAUUAUCACUUCCAUUUGAACAUAAAGUGAGACCAUCAUCAACUAAUGCCCACAGAGAAGCAUAUGCUACAAUUCUCCACUCUGAAGAUGAAUAUGUCUGCGGAGCAAUUGCUGCAGCUCAAAGUAUACGUUUAACUGGUUCAACCAGAGACCUCAUAAUCCUUGUUGACGAAACAAUCAGCAGCCAUUACAAGAAUGGCCUUGAAGCUGCAGGGUGGAAGAUCAAAAAGAUCAGAAGGAUAAGAAAUCCUAAAGCCAUGAAAGAUGCUUACAAUGAGUGGAAUUACAGCAAGUUUCGCCUAUGGCAGCUCACUGAAUAUAAUAAAAUCAUUUUCAUUGAUGCCGACCUUCUUGUUCUAAGAAACAUUGAUUUCCUCUUCACUAUGCCAGAGAUCAGCGCAACAGGAAACAAUGGAACUCUCUUCAACUCUGGCGUGAUGGUCAUUGAACCUUCGAACUGCACUUUCAAGUUGUUAAUGGAACACAUCAAUGAUAUAAAAUCAUACAAUGGCGGCGACCAGGGAUACUUGAAUGAGAUAUUUACAUGGUGGCACAGAAUUCCCCGGCACAUGAACUUCUUGAAACAUUUCUGGAUUGGUGAUGAUGGAGAGGAAAAGGCUAAGAAGACCAGUUUGUUUGGCGCCGAGCCUCCAGUUCUCUAUGUGCUUCACUAUUUAGGAUUCAAGCCAUGGCUAUGUUUUCGGGACUAUGAUUGCAACUGGAAUGUGGACUUCAUGCAGGAGUUUGCUAGUGAUGUUGCUCAUCAGAAGUGGUGGAGAGUGCAUGAUUCGAUGCCGAAGAAGUUGCAGAAAUUUUGCCUUCUAAGUACACAAAGAAAGGCAGCUUUGGAGUGGGACAGGAGGCAAGCAGAGAAAGCUAAUUACUCAGAUGGUCACUGGAAGAGGAAUGUGACCGAUGCAAGGCUAAGAAUCUGUAAAGACAGUUACUGCAACUGGAAGAAAAUGUUAUUGCACUGGGGAGAUCCAUUGUAUAAUGAUGGUGGCCCAGGCUUCCAUAAGCCGGCCAAAAAAUUACCAGGUCAUUGAUCCACUUACUUCCAUAGUUCAGCCUUUUUGUCAUUCAUACAUCACUUAACCUGCUUUGUUGAGUGCAAUCAUUAAGAUGCUCUAUGGUUAUUGUGAUUUGCAAUUCCCAUUCUUCUUUCUCAAUGAAUCUUUUUCUGAGGAUAGACACAGCACUACUUGCGUCAGUAAUUGGGUUCAUUAUACAUAGAGCAGUUAAAGCCCUUGAUCCAUGUACUUUUUUGCUUUUGCUGUAUGAUAUGAGGUUGCAGAUACUUAAAAGUUUGUCCA